GUUUACACGUGAAAUACUCUUGUAAACAAUUAGUGAACAAACGUACAAAAAUGUGGCAAGACUCCGAAGUCAGAUUUGACAUACCCUUCUCGCAAUUAGAAAUGCGAUUGGGUGAAUUAGUUAUUGAUAAAAUAGAUCUGAUUGAAGAUAAUAAAGGCAAUGCUGGUGACAGGGGAAGAUUAUUGAUUACAAACUUAAGAAUCAUUUGGCAUUCAUCUACUUAUCCUCGAAUUAAUUUGAGUAUUGGAUACAACACAAUCGUAAACGUCAAGACGAAAGCUGUUAAUACCGUGUUUGGAGGAAACACACAAGCUUUACAUGUUUUAUCAUCUUUUCGAAAUUGCAGAUAUGAAUUUUUCUUUAUAAAUUUGAUUAAAAAGAGCACUCAACACUACACAUCUGUUUUAGGAGUUUACAAUGCAUACAUGUCCUCGAAAUUGUACAGAGAAAUCAAAUUGAGAGGUGGAAUCAUUAACGAAAAAAGGCUCAGCAUUCUUAAUCAAGAAAUAUUGCACACGACAUUAAAUGGCGUUUGGAAUUUAUCCACAGAGCAGGGGAAUGUCGGCACUAUUAUUGUAACCAAUGUGAGGAUUGUUUGGUUUGCGGAUAUGAACCAACAGUUUAAUGUCUCUUUGCCAUAUCAUUGCCUAGCGAGUGUUAACGUAAGAAAAUCCAAGUUUGGACCGACACUUGUGGUUGUGAGCAACGAAGUAAGUGGCGGAUACGUUUUGGGUUUUCGAAUAGAUCCAGUAGAGAAACUUCAUUUGAUCCACAAAGAAAUUCAAGCUCUCUAUGCGACUUACAACAAGGCUCCAAUUUUUGGGGUAGAAUACCAACCCGAAAACAAUACACCUGCAGAACCUAAAGUCGACAUUGACGAUUUCACCGAAUUAGAAGAAAUCGCAGAAGAUGAGAUUUCAAACGUACUUGGACUGUACUUUAACGAAGGCAGUGAUAGCAACAGAAGACCCGUUUACAAUCACUACGUAGGUUUGCAAGUCGAGGAAUUGAAGGAAGGAACUACAAUGGAACAAUUGUGGGAAUUGAUACCAUCAAGUUCCACGCGAAAUUAAAAAUGAAAAAAAGGCAAAUAAUGAA